UAGAAAGAUAAAAGUCAAGUUUAUCUCCGCCCCCACCUCCUACAUGAGGUGCGCAAGCCCCGCCCCCCCCAUUAGGUGGAUGCAUGAGCUGCAUGCUGCAGACGGACAGCAGGGAGAUGCCAUGAGGAGCAGCCUUUAAGAUGAUACGGCUGGUAAUGAAGCAAUAAUGGAGAGAUCUGUGAGGAGAAGACGGGUCCGUCCUCAACAGGAUGCCGAACAACACAUUAAACUGAAAACUGACAAGGCUGGUCUCAGAGAGCAUUUCAUCAACCCAUACAAAGGUCGAGGUGUGUUUGCUGUGGAGGUUUUCAACCAAGGAGAUUUUGUGCUUGAAUACCGUGGUAAACUUUUCAAACAGGAUGGUCUUCUUACAAAGAAGUACAAUGACACGGAAGCAGUAUUCCUGUUUGACUUCAAAUGGAAAGGGGGAUGUUGGUGUCUUGAUGCAUCUGUUGAAGACAAAUCACUGGGAAGGCUUGUGAAUGACGAUCACAUCAAGCCUAACUGCAAGAUAAAAGCUAUUGAUGUUGGUGGGAUGCCACAUCUUUGCCUGUUUGCCCUAAGAGACAUUGCCCCAGGUGAAGAAAUAACUUACAAUUACGGGGAUUCAGACUGGCCUUGGCGCAGACAGCAGAAAAUGGCACCUGAUGUCAACGGACAGCUGAUACAUGAUGUCAGUGAACAGCUGACACCUGAUGUUAGCGAGCAGCUGACACCUGAUGUCAGGGACAGACCUCAGCAGCAAUUGGCACCUGAUGUUAGCCAGACGAUUGUGGAAGAAAGCGACAGACCUCAGCAGCAAUUGGCACCUGAUGUUAGCCAGCCAAUUGUGGAAGAAAACGACAGACCUCAGCAGCAAUUGGCACCUGAUGUUAACCAGCUGACUGUGGAAGAAAGUGACAGACCUCAGCAGCAAUUGGCACCUCAUGUGAACCAGCCGAUUGUGGAAGAAAGCGACAGACCUCAGCAGCAAUUGGCACCUGAUGUUAACCAGCUGACUGUGGAAGAAAGUGACAGACCUCAGCAGCAAUUGGCACCUCACGUUAACCAGCCGAUUGUGGAAGAAAGCGACAGACCUCAGCAGCAAUUGGCACCUGAUGUUAGCCAGCCGAUUCUGGAAGAAAGCGACAUACCUCAGCAGAAAAUGGCACCUGAUGUGAGCGAGCAGCGGACACCUGAUGUCAGGGACAAACCUCUGCUGUCAUCUAGUCCUAUGGAUGCGUCUCAGGUGUAUGAUAAGAUCAACAUAAAUAGCAGCAAUCCAGCGGCACAUACAUCUCGAAUGGCCAAAUAUAGACAGCACCAUGAGGAAUGCUUCAAUCGUCAUAAAAUUGCAGAGGAGGAGCGAAAUGCUAGAGAAAGACAGCAUACAAUGAAUUUGUUAAAGCGUGCACAACUGGUUCAACAAUUGGCACAACUGGAUACACUUCUAACUUCGCAAUCCCCAUUGCAUGAUGACAUUCAGUCACUAACCUCAUCAGAUACCUCGUCCCUGGGUGAAUCAACGAUAAGCAGUGAUCCGUUGGAAGAUGGAGAGCCAGCAACAAAAACACAGACAACAACUCCUCUUACCUUUGCUACAUCGUCAGAUGGUCAAAGAUCUUGGAAUUGUUCAGUGGAUAACUCAAAAAGGACAUCCUCAAGACAAAGACAGGCCACUUCAUAUAUGGAAACAUCCCUUGAUGAGUCCGAUCACACAGACUAUAGUGAUCAUGACUAUGUCCCAGACUCUGAAGCAGGAAGUUCCUCUGAGCCUGAUGAAGACGCACCACUGUAUCCAGCUGAGAAAAAGCCCCUGCCGUCUCUGCGAUAUCCCAUUUUAUCUCCAUCAAAACAAGAUAUUGAUUCAGGAAGCCCAGAAAAAGGAGACAGUGCAGUCAGCCCUAAGAAGAGGAACUUGCUCACUCAAAGGAAGAGAAAGAUCUCAUCCCCUAGUCCACUAAAGAGCAACUCAAACACUCUUGAGAAAAGCAGAAUCCAACAAAUUUGUGGCUCAAUUAGAGUAUUGCCUCCCUCAAAUUCUGAAAAACGUCGAGUGUACGACAAGAGGAACUACUGUCUCUUUUGCUCCCAUCCCUCAUCAAAAAUUUCACGACACCUGGAAGCUGUACAUGGGGAUGAAGCAGAGGUUGCCCUAGCAUUUCAGUAUUCAAAGAAUUCAAAAGAGAGACGCAAUAAGUUGAACAUUCUUAGAAGACGUGGAAACUUUGCCCACAACGCCAAUGUUGUAAGGGAGGGAGCUGGAGAGCUCCAGGCCUGCUACAGACCACGACAGUGUAAACGUGCCUCUGAAUUUAUUCAUUGUUUUCAUUGCCAAGGACUUUAUAGCAAGAAAACAUUGUGGAAGCACAUGAAAAAUUGCCCAGCGAAGGAAGAAACUAGUGAUGAAUCCAGCAGUGGGAGGAGGCGAGUUCGAUCCAAAUGUGCCCUUAAAACUGCCAUCGUGCGUGAGAUUAGUGAGGGCUUGAAGAAUGUGAUUUCCUCCAUGACCUAUGAUGAGGUCACUCGGAUGAUUCAAAAUGACAAACUUCUCUUGCAGUUUGGACAACACCUGUUUGAUCUGAAUGGGUCAAGAAAGAACAGACAUGACUACAUAAGGCAAAGACUUAGAGAACUUGGGCGACUUUUACUUGUGGCUAAGAAGAACACUCCCAUCCAGAAGGCAGAGGAACUCAUCUAUCCUUCAAACUUCAAUCAUGUGAUAUCUGCAGUGAAAGAGUUGGCUGGGUACAACACAGAGGACAACACAUUCCGCACACCUUCCUUAGCCCUCAAAAUUGGUAACAGCCUGGGCAUAAUCUGUGAGCUUGUGGAGAGUGAUAAUUUGUCCACAGUUGACAGAGACUGGAGUCUUGUAAAAUUUGCGCGAGAAUUCAAGACCAUCAAACAAUUCCGAUGGAAGGGAUUGAUUACCAGAGGAGCAACAACCUCUCUGAGAGAGUCAAAGUGGAAUGCACCACUGAUUAUACCUCUCACUGAAGAUGUCAAACUUUUGGACUCUCACAUGGAGAAUGUUAAAGUUGUUGCUGAAAGAAUGCUGAGACUGUGUCCCUCUGCAAAGAACUAUGCAACACUUGCCAAAGUGACACUUGCUCAGCUGAUCAUUUUCAACAGAAGACGAGAAGGAGAGGUGUCAAGAAUGGAGUUGGCCACUUUCAAAGAAAGGAGAAAGUCAGAACUCAAUGAGGACAUGGCCCUAUGUCUUACCCCACUUGAGAACAAGAUGUGUGAUUUCUUCACCAGAGUAGAAAUCAGGGGGAAACGAGGAAGAGGAGUCCCUGUGCUCCUGAAACCAUCAAUGGUGUCAGCUAUGGAGCUUCUAGCUGACACUCGUGAGCUGUGUGGCGUCUCCAAAGAGAACAUCUACAUGUUUGCUAGACCAGGAGCAUUAUCAGCUUACAGAGGGGGAGAAUGCAUCCAAACGUUUGCAAGGGAGAGUGGUGCCAAACAUCCCGAGGUCUUAACCUCAACAAGGCUCCGGAAGCACAUAGCAACAAUGUCUCAAGUUCUGAAUCUUCAAGAAAAUGAAGCAGACCAACUUGCUGACUUCCUGGGUCAUGACAUUCGUGUGCACAGGCAGUAUUACCGCCUUCCGCAGGGAACACUUCAGCUCGCCAAAAUGAGCAAAAUGCUUUUGGCUGUGGAGAAGGGGACUCUAUCACAGUAUAAAGGUCAAACCCUUGAUGACAUUGAGAUUGACCCCGAAGAAAAAGUUGAUUCCUCACAAGAUCAGGAUGCGUCAACUGAUGAGGAUGAGUCUCUUGAGUCGACCACUGAAGCAACAGGCGAAGACGGCCAGGAGCCACCAGAGACUGCACCUUUACUUCCGACCACUGCUUCCAGUUCCACUCCUCCCAGUGCUUUUCGCAUUCGAGACAACACAGGUAACUCCAAACGCAAGUGGGAAGACAGUGAGGUACAUGCAGUUGAAAGACAUAUGAUGCGCUUCAUCCACACGUGCAAGGUACCUCAAAAGAUCGACUGCAUCCGGUGCAUUAGUGCAGAACCCUAUGCACUCAAAGACCGAAACUGGACUGGAGUGAAAAAUUAUGUCAGAAAUCGGAUCACUGCCUUAAAGAGAAAGGCUUGUUCUCAGGACUCAUGCUAGCUAUUUUUUGAAGUAUACCUGUGUGAAGUGCCUGUUAUGUUAUUUUAGAGGCUAAUGUUAAAUUUGUUUAUGCCAGAAGCCUUUCUUUCUUUCUUUUCAUAUAACCGAUGUUCUUGGUUGUAGUUUGGAGCACAACCUCCUAUUAUCAUGUUGCUAGCGAGUCCAAGAAAUUGUUUCUCUGAAUAUUCUCUAGUCAAGUAUGUGAACUGACUGCUGUCCAGAUGCAUUCAUUUGAAAGCUAGCCAAGUUUGUGGUGACCUGUAGUUUUCAAGGACAUUCCAUUUGAGCUGUGUGCCACUUGUACGUGAUGUCCAUGCAUUAUGUUACUAAAA